AUAUGUAACAUAUAUGUAUAUCUAUGUACGUACACGUCAAACGCUCGUAUUGAAAUCCAUGAGGUUAUAAUUCAGUGUGGAUGAUACCUUUAAAAGGACCUCUCCUGAUCUCAAAUUGGAAGCUUCUUUUACCUGUCCUCUUCGAGGGCAUUGAUCCAGAAAGAGAUACAUAAGUAUAUACAUAUACAUACAUACAUAUAUAUAUAUAUUCUCAACCGUUAUUAUCGCACAUGUGGAAAACUGGAACCAUGAAGAACGCUUAUCCAGUCGUAACGGCAGCCUCGUCCAGUCUGGUCGAUCCGGUCGAUUCUUCAAUAAGUCGAGAUGAUAUAUCGAAGGACGAAAUCGAUAAUCAAACGUCACCAGUAAUAAGACUCAAACUCGACAAACCGUUGCAUUGGUAUUGGGAAUUAACGACUACGGCCGACGCGCUUCCGGUUAUACAAUUGUUGGACAAGGACGGUCGAUUGUUGGUCGAGACAACCGGUAAAACCGCUCAAAGAGCUAGAGGAUCCUUUCGCGAAGGUUUGACCGAUCACGAAAAAUUUCCUUUAUCUUCGAGGAUAUCCAGAUCAACGUCGGUAAACUCUAAACGCGAAUUAAUACAAUCUGGUAAUCGUAACAUCGACGGUUUCAGUAACAAAUUCGGUCCGUUCGAUUUCGGAUACAAACCGAGAAAAUCUAGGAGCGACGCAAGUAUCAAGGUCGUUCGGGAUAAAAGGAUUAAAAACAAAGAAAACGAUAAGGAAGUCGUGAAGAGAUAUUCGACCGGUGAUUUUUUACGUCGUCAGAUUUUAGACGAUUUAAGAACGAAAAGUAUGUUUGGUAAGAGUCCGGACGAGAUCGCCAAGGAAAGAUGCAGGAAGGUCAAAGCUUAUUUGAAAAGUCAAAGCGAGAUUUAUUCGUCGUCCGAUCAUUCGAUCAAUCGCGAUUGCACGAACGAAUACGAAAGAUAUUUCAACGAUAAAUUGGAUAAGAUCGAGUCGGAAGAGGAUCGAGGAUCGGAUGAGAACAAUAGAUCGAACUUGUACGAUCUACGAAAUCCAUUGUAUUCCGUUAAAAAUGAUAAUGAGAAAUACGUCGAUUCGGAUAAGCUCGUUAAAAUUCGAAGUUUUUUGAGGGAGAAGUUGCGAGAGAGUAUGGAAGCGACGAGGAACGAGGGUAAUAACGAUUCGACGAUUAAAAAACGACAUUCCGAUCGUAAAAACGAAGAGGAUUCUAACAAUACCAGAACUUAUUAUCGUACGAGAAAGGUAAGAAGCGAAACGAACGUGAUUAAUAAUUCGCCAGGAAGAAAAACUAGAUUCGAGGAUAGAUCGGACACGAAUGUCCCUUCUUUUCGUUUUAACGACAACGAUAAUACGAGCAACGUCGUACGUAAUUUACCUUGGAUAUCUUCGAACAUUAAAAAAAAUAAUUAUCGUCGUUCGAAGAGCGACGCUUUGCUCGUAGGAAAAUCAAACGAAUUCGUCGAACAACAAAGAAAAUAUAGAUCUGCGAGAAGAGAAUCUACGGAAUCUAGAAGGAGAACGUAUCGAAAGACGAAAAGCGACCUUCAUUUCGAUAAUCCGAACACCGAGAAGGAAUUGGACAGGAUCGAGAGAUCCUGGAGGGAUUACAAGGAGAGGAAGAAACUUGAGAAACUUCAAAGGGAGAAGACGGGUUUGACGGAGGAGAAAGAGGAGGAGGAAAAGGACGAGGAGGAUACUGAAGAGAAAGAGGACAAUUUCACGAGAAACAAGACAAGCUCGAACGACUUUAAAAGCGAGUUAUGCGUUAAGAGAAACUGUAAAGUAUGUCAGAAUCUUCGUAAUUCGUUGGGAUCAUCGAAGACGAACGAGAAUAUUAUAUGUCCCUUCGAAACUAAUAAUCGAUCGGGUCGGACAAUCGAGUGUUGCGAUAGAUCGAUAGAUUUCAAUUCUCCAUCUCCCUCUAUUAUCGUAUCCCCUGAUUUUGGAUACAAUUCUAUACACAAGAGCGCGUUCAAAGAUUAUCGCGAAUUGUAUGCACGUUCGAACGUUAAAAAAAGUGAUACGUUUAAAAUAAUCGACGGUAGCGAGGAACAAGAUGAUAGUUACAAAGAGGACGACUCCAAUUUGAUCGAUGAUAAUCAAUUACCUCGUCGUGAUAAUAAAUCCGAGAUGAUAUCAUUGAUUAAUAAAUCGAACGAGGACAUAGCAAGAGAUUAUUUCAAACGCGUUUACGAACUUUUGAAGAAACGUCAAGAGGAGGCACGUAAAGUAGCCGAGAAACGCGACGUUAUUGGAUACGACGAUUCUUCUUCCUCGAAUUAUGUCGAAGAGGUACGAAGGAGGAAGCAUAGGCGUAGAAAAAGGGAUCCUCCUCAGGGUGAGGAGUUGGUAACGGUGACUCCGUCGAACGGAGGACAGCAAGACGGUUGGAAGGUUCAACACCAACAACAACAACAACAACAACAACAACGUUGUCAGCGUGGACAAUUGCAAACGGUAAAUAAACGAACUCGUCCUAGCCCACCUCCACCGCCCCCGCCACCCCCGCUCAUAUCUUGCAAGGUCAAUGCCAAGGAUAUCGGCAAGUAUUUUGAUUGGCCGAACAAGGAGAACACGCCUGGAAAUGCCGUGAAUAAUAAUCCAAUUGCUAAGGGUGCAGUCAGUAGAAAGGCAAGGAUUUUUUUACAAAAGAAGGAUCAAGAAAAAGAAGAAGUGGGGGAAGGUUGGUGGGGGCAGGAGGAAGAAGAGGAAGAGGAGGAGGAGAAGGUAAAGAAGGAAGAAAAGAAGGAGGAGGAAGAGGAGGAGGAAGAGGAAAAAGGAGAGUCAAUAAACGAAAUGGGCUCGAAUCUUAGCAGGCACAAUGGCAAAGGCCUAACUGGCCGUAGAACACAAUCUUCGGGAAACUUGUGCGAACCACCCAAGGGAAAAUUCAAUGGUAUGGGGAAGAUUCUGGUGCCUUGCUCUAGCAGCUCUCAGAGAGAAAGCAGGUACAAGUUUUGUGGCUCGCUACCGAACCAUUUGGACGACAAGGAUGUCCUGGAUGACGAUCGGAGAGAGAACAAUAACAUCAUGUCGGAUACCAUUAGUGGAAAUCUCGGAGGUACGCUGCCGCACAAGAAACGAUCCUUGGGAGUUCAUUUCUCUGACGGUGGGCCCACUGGUGCUUUGGAUCUUGUUAAACAUCGAUCACAGGAUUCCUUGGACGAGAACGAUCCCUGGAGAUAUCAGCAAAGCGAUUUGGACUUGGUAAGAUGUCGACAUGGUAAUUUUGAUUCCGUCAGAAGAAAUCGUAGCAUCGAUACGAUGAUAAACGAUACAAAUCGACGUUGUUACAAUCAUCGUGAAACAUCUACGGAGGAAAGAUGUCAACGUAAUUCGGAUUUGGAUCUUGUCGGUACGCUUCCAAAACGCAAACAGGAAACACGUAGUGGUAUUUGUAAAGGUAUCGAUGGGAAUUCAUCUAUGGGUUCACAAUUUGCCGUUACGAACAAAUUUGACGUUAGCUCGUCCGACGACGAUUUACUUAUGCGAGUAUUGCAUAAACCGGACUGUGAAUUGGUGAAACAUCGACAGCAAGCAUUGAACAAGUGCGUCGAUUUGAAACUUAGCAAGCUAGCUGGUGCCACCGGUGAACCACAGGAUCAAGGAUAUGCUUCUGAACGUUCGCCAGAGGAUGAACAUCCACCUUCGUUGCCUGGACAACCAUUUCCGAGUGUAACACCCGAGAGCACUUUCCGUGUGACGUUACAAAAGAGCAGUCGAGGUCUAGGCUUAAGCGUUUCCGGUGGUGGUACUGCUGGACCUGUCAGAGUAAAAAGGCUCUUCCCAUUACAACCUGCCGCAUUGUCCAACAAACUUCAACCGGGAGAUAUACUCCUCGCCGCCAAUGGAAUUCCUUUAACCGGUUUAACGAAUUACGAAGCAUUAGAAGUUUUGCGAACGACCCCGAACACGGUCGAGCUGGUAGUGUGCAGACUUCCGGGUGACACAAAUGUCACACCACCUGGUGCGCCCCCACCACCUCCAGCACGUCGUGAGCCACCGCCGCCAUUACGAAUCCCCAAUCCUCUGCCGCCACUUCAAAUUGAGCCCUGUGGCGAAUUCGACAUAGAAAUGAUGAAAGUAGGAGGUAGCUUAGGCUUCACCCUGAGGAAAGCUGAUAGCAGUGCCUUAGGGCAUUACGUGAGAGCACUCGUCCGUGAACCGGCUCUCAGCGAUGGUAGGAUUCGUCCUGGUGACAAGAUCGUCGCGGUUGAUGGUGCACCGCUUUCACCGAUGAGCCAUGAAGAGGCUGUGGCACUCUUGAGACAGUGUGGACCAAAGGUGAAGCUUCGAUUGUAUCGUGAUCUGGCACAAACACCUGUUUCCGCUCUAUCGCCGACCGAACCAGAUCAUCCUCUUCGUCCACCACGAACCUGUCUAAGACAAGAAGCCGUGGAUAUGCUCUGCGAUUUAGCAGCUCGAAAACUAUCACCGGGUACUUCGAGUGGUUCUAGUUGCUUGCAAUCACCAGCCGCGUCUUGUAGUUCACCGAGAAGACAUCGAAGACUCGCUACGCGUACACCCACUGCCGAUAAUGAUCAAGAGAUCCCGGAGAAGUUUCACGAAGGACAAACAGCGUCAGUAGGAAGUCACGCUGAGACUUCGGAUUCCGAUCAGUGUUCCGUAAGAACGCAAAUAACGAAUUCGCAAGCGAACACACCGAUCUCCGGUACAGAUAUCAUCAUAGAUCCACCAUCACAGUAUCACGUAUGCGAGAGCAGCGACUCACCAUUGAGAACUCCAACUCGGCCAAGUUUCUUAGAUCUAUCGGCGCCACAAGGGAAACCACAUUUUCAAUUUUGCAGCGGUGACUCGGAGGAAUAUCCGGUCGAGACUAUGUUAUUCUCCGAAAAGGAUUCCAGUUGUUCAUUUGAGACUGAUUAUCAUGGAAAGGAAAUCCGUGGAUUGUCAAGCGACGAACAGGACAAUGAUUUGCCGUCUGAACCUGCCUCGAUGCCACCAGUACUCUCGUCUACGAGUAGUACCAGUACUGGAGGUGCCUUCAGUUAUAAAAAUCCUGCCUAUCAGAGUGCAAAUCCUGCAUGCAGCGUUAGCAUCGACGCCGUAUCGAAGAACAAAGUCACGCAUUCGAGCGAUCAAGAUAUACCAGGUAAGAUUCUUGGAACGGAAGAUCCAGCUGGUAGCAAGGGUCUGUUAAAGUGGAAGGGUGUUAUGUUCGCACCGAGCGACGAUAUGAACCAGUGCGAAAAAGACGUAGCCAAAGUCGAUAAGGAUAAUUUGGACUCAAUGAUAUCUUCUGAGGGUCAGGAUGAACAGGGAAACGAAGUGUUCAUGGUAGAGUUGACACGCGGAUGGAAUAGUCGAUUAGGUUUCAGUUUAAAGUCUGAAGACAAUCACACUGUGAUAUCGGUGGUACAUCCUGAUAGUGUGGCAGCUAGAGAUGGAAGAUUGAAACAAGGCGACGUCUUGUUAAUGGUUAACGAUGAAAGCGUCGAGAGUAUGUCGACGGCUGAGAUAAUAGAUUUGUUACGUAAAAUACGUGGUUCUAUAGGUAUUACGGUGAUGAGAAAGAACAAGCAAGAAAACGCAACGUGACAGUAAAAUCGAUUAGGUGUCUGAUUAAAAUGGUCGUAAGAGAAAAGAUAAAGUUAAAGAAAAAGAUAAAAAGGAUGGAAGAAGUAAAAGAGACGAGAAGUUUAUUUGGAAAGAGCCUAGAACGUAUAGGAUAUACAAUGUUCACGAUCAAUAGAUCCAUGUAGAUCGUGGAACUCCUGAUCGAUAAUAAAAAGACUGCAUUUCCUAUACAUAUGUAAGAGCGUGAAGGAAUUAACAUAUAUAAAUGAUUAAAUAGAUGGUUUUUUCUCCCGAGCAUAAACUUUACGAACGAAA